UCACAAUGCCCCGAUCCACAGAACCAAAAGAGAAUCUCCCACCUCUCCACACCUACACAAUCGCCUACAUCACCUCCCUCCCCAAAGAACAAACCGCCAUGCUCGCCACCCUCGACACCAUCCACAACCAGCAUACCCCCACCCCCGCAAGCGACAAAAAUACCUACACUCUGGGCUCCAUACCACCGCACAACAUCGUCCUAGUCUGCCUUCCCACCAUGGGAACAACCUCCGCCGCGAGCGCCAUGACAUCGCUUCUGCACACGUUCCCGUCCAUCAGGUUCGUGCUGCUCGUUGGGGUGGCGGGCGGUGUUCCGAGCAAUGGGGUGAGGCUGGGUGAUGUGGUUGUUAGUGUACCGGUUAGUGGUGGGUAUGGGGGCGUGGUGGGAUGGGAUAUGGGGAAGUUAGUAGCUGGGGGGAAGAUAGCAAUGCAACAUGCUGGAGGGAGCUUGAACCGGCCGGGGAGUAAGUUGCUUGGGGCGGUGAAUCGGUUGAGGAGCGAGUAUGAGUUGUAUGGGGUUGGGGUGGGGAGGGUUCUGAGGGAUUUGGAGGUGAGGGGAGGGUUGAGUCUGGGGAGGGAGUUUACGAGGUGUGAAGGGUUGAGGGAUCCGGUUGAUUUCGGGGAUAGGGACGGGGAAGAACGGAGGUGGUGGCUGUGGGGUGUUCUGGGGAGGAUGGUUUGGAGGCUUAUUGGUGCUGUUAUGGUAGGUGUUUUUGGGUUUGGGUUGAGGGGUGUGAAGAUUGGGGUGGAAGCGGGGAGGAAGGAAAGGGCGAGGGGUGUGAUUGGGGAAGAGAAAAAAGGUAGGAAGCAGGUGAAUGUGCACUACGGCCUUGUUGCGUCUGGGAACUGGGCUGUGAGGGAUGCCAAGGCUCGAGAUGCUCUUAAUAAGAGAUUUGAUGGGCAAUUGCUCUGUAUAGAGAACGGUGGAGCUGCCGGGGUGAUGAAUGAGAUUCCGAGCAUUGUCAUCUGUGGGAUUUCAGAUUAUGCGGACGCGAGCGCGAAUGAGGACUGGCAAGCAUAUGCUGCUACUGUGGCUGCGGCUUAUGCGAAGGAGCUGCUGAUGUUUCUACACCCGUGUGUUGACGAUAUGGAGAUGCUUUGUCGUUCUAGGGCUGGGGUUGAGAAUGGUAAGGAAUAUAUAGGACAAAUAGGGUCCGCUCCCUCCAGAGACCAUAAAUGCCCUGUCUUUAGUCAGGGUACACCUCCUCAGUACAGCUUACAGUGAUUCUGCAACGCCGAGGUUAGAAGAUAUCCAAACACUAGUGUGUGUAGAAUGAUUCGGAAUGAGUGGUUCUACACAAGCCAAACCAUCGCCAUGUUAACCCUUGCAUCAUCUGCAAGACUGACCGAUCUACAUGUACUGCAGAAGAAGCCUAAUACAGCUUGGAAUUGCC